AUGGCUUCACAACCAAGGCCCCAGGACUCACAAGGAUUAGCUCAGCGCAGAAAGCAGGGCUUCUUCUCACCAGAGCUGGCCGAGCUUAUUUUCCCGCCAUUUAAAGUUGGGUUUUGGGCUGGAACUGCUGGAGUAUUGGCUGGCGUUGGAGGUGCUAUUGCUAGAGAGACAAAUCCAAUUCUCAGUGGAUCCGUCACUGGUAUACAGUGGUUUACUCUGGGCACCACGUUCUGGUUCUCAAGGACUCUCGCGAUGCGGACAUGGGGCAACCAGGAAGUGAUGCGAUCGUCUGAUAGAGUCAUAAUAAGCACAAUUGCCGGAACAACCACCGGCGCUGUAUCAGGACUUUUGCGCGGUCCUACAAAAAUCAUACCAGCCAUGAUCAUGUGGGGUUUAACGGGCGCUGGAGGACAGAUGCUCGUACAUCGAUAUGAAGCCAACCAACGUAAACCCCAAACAGAUAACGGCCCCGGAUUCUGGUCGCGACUGAAUCCGCUGAGGAAGCUCACGGAUGAGGAGUACAUGGACAUGAUGAGGGAAAAGAAGCUCAAGCUCGAUGUCGACAUUUCGUUAAUCGACGACCGUAUCGCAGAACUCAGGGCAAUGGAGCACAAGGCGCGGGAAGCCGAAAACGUGGCAUCCCCCAAGCAAAACUGA